GCUGACCGGGUCUUCCGCUGUCAAGCGACACAUGACAUCGGGAAAGCGCUGUGUGCAGUUUAGGGCUGUUUUCGCUGCUGUUCAUAUUUAAAGGCAUCUGUUUUCCACAACAUUUCAACCUUGUAAAAAUCUAGAGAGCGUUUUCGCGGAUACGACUUGGCCGUCCAGUAAUUUGCUGCGAAGAUGAGUCUUUACAGACAUAUUCGACUGUUGCACUGUACCCUGAUCUGCGUCACUUUAUUGUUCAGUAGCUCGGUAGUUCUUGCAAAGUCUCGAAGACCGAAUAUAGUUUUAAUCUUGACCGAUGACUUGGAUGUUGCAAUCGGGGGCAUGAUUCCACUCAGUAAGCUGAAAAAGUUGAUUGGGGAUGCAGGGAUAUCCUUUACCAAUGCUUUCGUGGCCAGUCCUCUCUGCUGUCCCAGCCGCGCCAGCAUCCUAACGGGGAAGUACCCUCACAACCACCAUGUGAUCAACAACACCCUGGAGGGCAACUGCAGCAGCCGGGCCUGGCAGAAGAGCCAGGAGCCGACGGCGUUCCCCGCCCUGCUGCAGAAGUACGCUGGCUACCAGACCUUCUUUGCUGGGAAGUACCUGAAUGAGUAUGGGACAGCAGAAGCUGGUGGUGUGGAACACGUGCCACCGGGCUGGGAUUACUGGUUUGCCCUGGAGAAAAACUCUAAGUACUAUAACUACACUCUGUCGGUGAACGGCAGACCACAGAAGCAUGGGCAUAACUACAGUGAGGACUACCUGACUGAUGUGUUGGCCAAUGCCUCUCUGGAGUUCCUCCAGUACAAGUCCAACUAUAAGCCCUUCUUCAUGAUGAUCUCCACGCCUGCCCCACACUCUCCAUGGACUGCCGCUCCACAAUACGAGAGCAGCUUCCCCAACGUGAAAGCCCCACGGGACCCCAGCUUCAACGUGCAUGGCAAGGACAAACACUGGCUGAUAAGACAAGCGAAGACACCCAUGACAAAUUCCUCUCUGCAGUUCCUGGAUGAGGCUUUUCGGAAAAGGUGGCAGACUCUACUGUCCGUUGAUGACCUGAUAGAGAAAGUGGUAAAGAAGCUGGAGAUGCACGGUGACCUAAACAACACCUACAUCAUGUUCACCUCGGACAAUGGCUACCACACAGGCCAGUUCUCGCUGCCAGUGGACAAGCGACAACUGUAUGAGUUUGAUAUCAGAGUGCCCCUGCUGGUCAGAGGCCCGAACAUCAAGCCCAAUCAGACCUGCCAGAUCCUGGUGGCCAAUGUAGACUUGGGGCCAACCAUACUGGACAUUGCAGGGUACAGUGUCAACCAGACCCAGAUGGAUGGCAUGUCUUUCCUACCACUCUUGAACGGUCAAGGGCAGAACUUCACCUGGAGGACGGAUAUCCUUGUGGAAUACGAGGGCGAGGGAAGCAAUGUGUCGGAUCCCGCCUGUCCGCUCCUCGGUCCCGGAGUCUCUGAGUGCUUCCCAGACUGUGUGUGUGAGGAUUCGUACAACAACACUUAUGCCUGCGUGCGCACCGUCUCCCCCUCUGCCAACCUGCAGUACUGCGAGUUUGACGACAACGAGGUGUUUGUGGAGGUGUACAACCUGACGGCCGACCCCUUCGAGCUGACUAACAUCGCCAAGAGCAUUGACCAGGAGGUUCUGGAGAAGAUGAACCACCGGCUGAUGAUGUUGCAGUCCUGCUCAGGGGCCUCCUGCCGUAUGCCGGGAGUCUAUGAUUCAGGGUACAAGUUCGACCCGCGGCUGAUGUUUAACAGCCACGGCCCACGUAUCAGUAGACUGCGGCAGACAUUGAAGUAAGAGGAGGAGGAAGGAGAACGGCUCAGCCAGCCUCUCCUGUUGCCCUGUGGAGCCCUGUGCAGCCUCUCACUUACCCACCAAGGCUGAAGUCUAAUCUGCAGGCAAUGGGAGUCCGUUAGUCAGGCAUGAUCUGUCACUUCAGCUACUUUAAACAGCUGGGUUGCCUUUGUGUUAUUGUUUUUCUUUCCUCUCCAAAGCCCUUCACAGCUGCCCCAAAAACAGAUAUACUGUAGGUAGGCACUGAUUUGUCAGUGGUUUUAUUUAGCGGUACUGCAGCACUUCGGUUUGUACAAUUUUAAUCAUCUUCUUUGAUGAAGUGUGUCGUAGAUGUGGAGAUCAGAAGAGGUUCUACACAGCUGUGGAGACAAUUUAAUGGUUACUAACAAGUUGCCAUUGUACUCUAACACUAAACCUUCACAUUUGUGGAUUUAUCUAUUUAUGGGUAAGUUUAUUAAAUGUUGACCAUUGAGAUCUAUUGCGGUAGAGGGAUCGGCAUUUUUGCUAUAGGGAAAUAUUUUGUAAAAUGACACUAACAGUUUUUUUUUUUACUGAAAUAUGAUAAUGGUAGUAGAUAUUUCACGUGGUUUGACCUGCACUUUGGUUGAAAGGCACAGAGAGAAGAGUGUGAUGAUAGCUUUGUAUGGUAAUAUAAAACUGCAUUCCGGUAUGCAACUCCUGUUUAACAAUAGUUACCCUCAUGUGCCCUCCCACACAUACCACUUGUAAGCUUUUCCGUGGGAAUGUGGCAGCAGAAGUUGGGCCGUGUCUACUUCACGGUGGCACUGAAAGUGGUUUCUGGAUGCCUGUUCCCAUUGCUGGGGAGUCUUUCACUGCGUAACGCAGUUUCACCUCGUAACAGAAUUUACAGCCAGCUGAAUCACCUUCCUGGCUAAAAGGGAUUCCAGGAAUAAACUGUGAAUUUAAAGAAUGUAAUGGUCAAUGCAGUGAGUGAUGUCCCAGGGGUGUAGCAUUUUAUCCAAAUAGGGGAGGAACAGCGGGUCUUGCAUGUGCUUCCCCCCCCUCCCCCGCACACCCCAGGUCUGUUACAUCUCUUAGAUCAUUUUGGUUGUUUUCCUGUUAUUUUGUAAUGCAUUAUACCCUGAAAAUGACAAAGGAUUUAAAGGGAGUUUGCUUCAGUCACUCCAAUUUUCUGUGCUUAGAUUUUUUUUUCCAAGUCUCCUAUAGGUCGAUUUUAGGACUGUAAGAAGUAACUUAUUCUGUGGUCUACAACUGCUGGGUCAGUUUCAUUAGAGCUGAACGUGGAGCUCACUGCUCAAACUCAUCUCUUUCUGAUGCUCAAAUAGCAGGAAUUACAGCAAGGGAAAGCACUGAGAAUAAUAUGGAAUCUGACUUGGUUUUGUACACGUAGUAUUUAUGAUCGUUUAUACACAUAAACCAUCACGGAUGCACUUUUGAAUCUGUCAAGAUGCUAUGACUUGCCAGUGUGUGUUUUUUUCCCCGCAUUUACAGCAGUGGUGGUUUUGUUACUGGGUAACUAUUGGUCUCAUUUGCCUGUUUUGCUCAAUAAAGGCUUUUUAAAAUGG